CCGGUAACGUUUUUUGCCCAAUCAGAAAACAACUUAUCUUCACGUCAAAAUGGUUCUCGAAAGCACAAUUGUUUGUGUUGACAACAGUGAUUACAUGCGUAAUGGGGACUUUGUUCCAACGCGUCUUCAGGCUCAGCAGGAUGCUGUGAACCUUGUCUGCCACUCCAAAACCCGUUCUAACCCGGAAAACAAUGUCGGCCUCAUUGUCAUGAGCAAUGUUGAGGUCCUGACAACUCUCACAUCUGAUGUUGGCCGAAUCCUCAGUAAGCUUCAUCAGGUUCAGCCAAAAGGGGAGAUCAGGUUCUGCACAGCUGUCAAAGUUGCACAUCUUGCCCUGAAGCACAGACAGGGAAAGAACCAUCGUAUGAGGAUCGUUGUGUUCGUUGGUAGUCCUGUAGAAGAUGAUGAAAAAGAGAUCGUGAAACUUGCCAAGAAACUGAAGAAGGAGAAGGUCAAUGUGGACAUGAUCAACUUUGGAGAAGAGGGCAUAAACACAGAGAGGCUCACACAGUUCAUCAAUACAAUCAAUGGAAAAGAUGGCACUGGUUCUCAUCUGGUGACGGUCCCCCCUGGUCCACUCCUGUCAGAAGCACUGGUCAACUCCCCUGUAAUAGUUGGUGAGGAUGGGGCUGGUGUCCCUCUACAGGCAACGGGCUUCGAGUUCGGGGUAGACCCCAACGAAGACCCGGAGCUGGCCCUUGCACUCCGGGUUUCUAUGGAGGAGCAGCGUGCCAGGCAAGAAGAGGAGGCAAGGAAGGUGCAAACAGAGUCAGCUGUAGAGGCCGAGAAGCCAGCGGAGGUUGGUGGAGACGAGGCCCUUCUUGAACAAGCAAUCUCCAUGUCGAUGGGCCAGGAACAAAACACACCUAGCGUGCCAGACUUUGGCAGCAUGUCAGAGGAAGAUCAGAUUGCCUUUGCCCUCCAGAUGUCCAUGUCAGCUGACAAUUCCAGUGCCAACACGCCAGCCCCGAUGGAGACCGACGCCCCAACACCAAGCACUGCUGCUGAUAAGUCUGACGCUGACAAGGGAGAAGAAGACAUAAUGCAUGACCGUGACUUCCUACAGCAGGUUCUAGAGAGCCUCCCGGGGGUGGACCCCAACAGCGAGGCCAUUCAGUCAGCCAUGAGCUCCCUUACAAAAGAUUCAGGCAGUAAACAGGAUAAAGAUAAAAAGGACGAGGGGAAAAAGUGACCAACUGGACUUUAACAGAUUAAUGUUGUGUUUAUUUUGUAGUUGUAAUUUGUGUUCUGCAUAUUAUAAUAUGACUGGAUGAUGACAAACUACUGGUAGGUUAUUGAAUGAUAUUCUGACCAUGUAGGAUUUGGGAAAAAACUAAACAAUUCCACAUUUAUAGAAGUUUAAGCAUAUUUAUUAAAUUCUAAUCAGUUCCAGCAAGAUGUUUCUAUCAAUAAAAGCGAAAGAAUAUAAAGAUAGUUAAAUAGUUCAUCAUCUGGAGAAAAAGUGUGAAUGAUCGUGCUUGCUGUAUGGAUUUGAUAUCAAAACUUGCAUAAAACGACUUUGUAUGUGAAUAAAUGUAAAAUUUCA